AUGGGAAAGACUCUGUGGAGGUCACAUGGAGAGGGUGCCAUUGAAGAGCACAUGAAGCCAAAGCCCAAGGGGGUCUUGGAUGCAAGCGCGAUUUGCCAGUUUCGAGGUGGCUGUGCACUGACUAAGCAGCCGCAACCAUUUAGGGAUGCUGGCUGGGGACGAGCCUACCAAAACCCGACUCCCACAGCUGUCACCUUCAACCCCGCGCCGCCAACCCAUGACCUGGGUCUGACAGGACCCUCAUCCGGCAGCGACUGGACUGCAUACGAACUAAUCGCAUACAAUAUUCAAGUCAUUCGACAGACGAAACAAGAAUUCUUCGGCGUCCAUGAUCUUCCUGCGCCCUCGAACCCUACCCUUGUCGCUUUCAUGACGACUCAGCUUCGAAGAGAUGCGCGAGAUGAGGCGACGAGGAAGUUGUUGCAUUUCCUGGAUCUGGAAGUGAAUGCCGAGCCGGGAUAUGAAGCGGCAUCUCAGAACUUGGUGGCGAGACUGUUGGAAACGCUUGGAUAUGACUCCGUUGGCAGGAUUAUUUUCUUCCGACGUACCAUACCCCUUCUUAUCUGUGGAGUGGAUUCCGUCGCAGAGCCCGAUUUCUGUCUUUUGAAGGGUGACGCGAUUCUGCUCAUGGUGCAACGCAGCGGCCAUUGCUGCCUACAACGCGAUCACCUCCCCCCUCUCCCCGCUAUCGCUUUUCCCGCCAUCGCGCUUACCAACACCAACUUCAUGUUCUACAAGUCACUGUCACAGCUGAACUCUGCCGCGCUGUUGCGUCGGGAAUUUAUCCUGCUACUAAAACGGAGGUCUUUAGAUAUGUCCCCGUGCUCCCCAGCUACCUACAUCCUCCGACGUACCCUCUCAAGAACAGACCAGUACUUUUGGCGUGCCUGGAAGCUUUCAAACAGAAUUCUCUCAUUCGGCCUUGGUCUUGCCUUGAUUCCAACUGCUCUUACUAAAUUUGUUCGCCUCCAUCUGUACUACUACUCGAUGGCCAUCACCUUCAACUUGGAUAAUUUCUGUUGCAAACGGCCACUUCGAAUUCAAGAGAAGAUCAAGAAGCCCCCAUCCCGCUCGCCUUCCUUAUCGUCUCGUCUCGUCUUGUCCCAGUUAUCAGUCAUGUCCCGCUAUCCUUACCGUCACUCAACCUACUUCACGCGAUCUGACGCGCUUGAGACGUCCAGCGAGCUACCUCCCAUGAACAGCAGAGAAGACAUCCUACAGGAUCUAUUCAUGAACGAUCCCAGUAAUUUCCAUCACAAAGAGGUGACGCCCGUCCAAAAACUGGAGAGCGUGGGUCGAAGGUUGAAGGACAUGAAGAAGGGAUUUCGGACAAGUAUGAUCGCUUUCGGGCAUAGCUUCCGGAGACGAAGGACGGACAGCACCACUCGACUUCUAAUGAGUAGGGAGGAUACAGAACAUACCUUCUCUCGAGAUCUCGAACUUGGAUCUGCCUGUCCUGAUCCACACUCUGUCCCCUACUAG